AUGCCGAAUAGCUCUCGACAUAACUCAGCGGCGUCGCAGGCACGACGCCCGAACAAGACCUCUUCUAGGGGCGGAUCCGUGGUUGGCCUUCCUCAAGGAAGCCGACGUAGCUCUCGACGAGCAAGCGCUUCUAACCAGUGCCAGGGUCUGUCUUUUGACUUUGACAGCACUAACAUCGACUUCUCGGGUCCUGACUUUUGGCGGAUUCCCGAGAAUUUCGAGGGUGCUGAUGAACUCUAUGGGCUGCAACAGGAUUGGGCUGCACACGAUCCGCAAGACGGAUUUGGCCAGAGCGGUUAUCCAAUCAAUCAGCUUGACCCUGAUCAUAUCUUCGAUCUGGGGAACCAGACUGCGCCUGUUCGGGUAGCGUCGAUUAACCUUCUGCAGAAUUCUUUGUCUGCACUGCCAGGAGCCACGGACGGCUUGGGCAUGAUGGAUUACGCACAGUCGCCGAUGGUAGCUGGACCAUAUAUUUGCCCUCAGGCAAUUGAGAACGCUCCUCCAGCGCACUUGAAUGGCACUCCAGCAAUUGAGUCUCCGAGCCCCCAGUCUCAAACAUCGCUGAAUGGGAAACGUCGAUCUACGAUCCGUUCAGAAGCCCCAUUCAACCCAACUCUUUUCCAGGAUCAUUUUGCCGGGUACGUGGGCAACGAUCAACACUUCGAUUAUCCAGAUCCUCCUGACCCUCAACUUCCGGGUGCUCAACAAGCGCCAUACUAUGGCAAUGGGCUCUACCAGCAGCUGGAGGAAGCUGCACAGGAUCCCGUACAGAACGCAUCAAGCACGUUCGAGUCAAAUAAGCUCCGUCGCUCGGUGUCCCAAGCUGACGAGAACGAGUCAACUCGCCCGCUCAAGAAGGCUCGUAGCAAUGCGAGCUUGUCUGAGCACAGCGACUCCACAUAUCCCGACCGUUCUCGUGGCAAUUCGGCAAACGCAGAUGGUUACAACGCUUUGCAGACACAUCAGGUUCAGAAGCGCAAGUCUGUCUUCGAUAAUCGCUUUCAAUGGGAGAAGCCGAAGCUUGACCCAGACAGGCAUUGGAUUCGAACCAACAAUACCACCAAAGGUUUGACCACCCGCACCGCAAAGUGCAAUAACUACGACCCGGCGAAAGUGUACACAUACACACCGCAUCCGCUCGGCGACUGGAGCAGCGGUCGCUAUGAGUUCAGGUAUACUGAGGAUGGUGAGCUCAAGGACAAGACCAUGACUGCCAAUCAGAUCAAGGACUUCAUUCUGAGGUAUCCCGAGGACACGACAGGGCCCAUCAAACGCAAGCUGCAACUCUUUAUUCAAGUUGGACCUACGGAUUCUGCACGUCGGUAUAAUACCCCCUCCUGGAACAAAUGCCGCUUUCGAGAGUGCCCAGCGCAAAUUCACCAGACAGGCACUAUUCUUCAUGGCCACUACCGCGUCGCAUUCGAUGAACGGUCGUUUGGAUCGAAGAAUAACUACGAUCCCCACCUUGCCGCCUCUGGAUAUGUCCAUCUCUACUGCAUGGAGCGCUUCCUAGACUUCGAGUACAUUUGUCGGAAGGCACACGUCGACGUCGACAUGCGUCAGCUUAGCGGGGAGCCCAAGGGUAAAUUUGCUGCCACGCUUGCCGGACACCCUGAAUGCAGCAUUGCUGAAGAUUUUGUCAAAUGGGCUAAGGACGGCCAGCUUCGAGAGCUCGAGGGCUUUGAAAACUACCCUCGCCAUAAUGAUUAUAGGGGCCAGCCAAAACCGCAUGAGGACACGUUGACCUACCAUAUGCACCAUCAAAAGGCUCGCGCCCGGCCUCCCGCUCAGAUCCGUCAGUUCGAGGAACGCGGUUACACACCCACCCAUCUACUUGUCAACCACGGCAACUUGGAAGUUCUCUUCGCUGAAAUUCUCCGUCAGCGGCAGGCCCGGGCGAAGGGUAAGGGUAAGGGCAAGAAGCGCAAGAUUGCGGAGCUGGAUGAUGAAGACCACAGGCUUAAUGAGGAAGCGACCGAGCUGAUUCAUAAAACCCAGUUGGAGUUCGACCCCUCAACUCGUAAGGGUCCUCGUACUCGCAAGGCACGCGAGCAGCCAGAGGCAUGGAAUGUCGACGAUGAUGAGAGCAGCGACGAGUGGGAUCGCCGCCGACGUCAGCACUCGUACACACCGCCUACUCGGCGCAGCGCUCGAACCUCACGCCGACGGCAACCAAACUACCGCGAAGAUCCUGAAGGUCCGCAAACCUCCCGUCGCACGCGCUCUGCAUCUCGCCAGAUCCCCGAAGGCUACCAGCCCGCAAACUCUUACGUGCCGCCCAACCCCUCUGGUCACCGCGAGGCUUACGCGCCUCCAGCCCUCCCACCACCCACCCGCCGCCGCAGCUCCGUCGGCAAAUUCACCGAUCCGAAUCUGGAAGCUGUGGAUCUUGACGCGCUCUUCGAAGCCGAGGGUCUCAAUCGCCGCCACUCCAGCCUUUUCACCAACAAUACGGGUAUUAUGCGGACUCCCGGUUCACGCAAUAGCUCCUUUGGCGCCGGCAAGCGCGCGUCGUUUGCACAGCAGCCCGUCACAAAAAGCCAGACGUAUGAUACUGAGGCGCCGCCGAAUGACGUCGAAAUGUAUGGCUAUGAGGAGCGAGCAUCGGACACUGACAUCGUUACGCCGCGUACUAGCCUGCGCCGCUCCCAGCGGCGCGCGUCGAAGGAUGUGGAUGUGCUUGGCGUGAAGGGCGAUAGCCAUAGGGCGGAUAACGUCUUUCAAUCAGACCGUAUGAUGAAGGUGGACAAAGAAAAUUGA